ACAUGAAAAUGUACAAGGUUGAUUGAUAUUAAGCCAAUUUCAUUUCCUAUCCGUUUUUUUAAAAAAUCCAUCGGUUGUUAUCCGUUUCUGUUUAUUAUUAUUGUCAAAUCAUAUUCAAACCUGAAAAACUAAACGUUCGAAGAAUUUUUUUGAAGUUGAAAAUUGAAAAUUAACAAAACAAUGUCUCAAUGUGUAAAUCCAUUCUAUCAUCGUAUUCAUUUACGACCAUAUGAUUGGCCAUUCAUUAUAAUUGGUUCAAUUUUAUUAGCACCAAUAAGAAUAUUGAUUAUAAUAACAUUAUUUUUAAUUUCAUCAACAUUUUCAAAAUUAUGUAAUCAAUGGUUAUCACGUAUUGAUCGUUAUACCGAACCUGAUCUUUAUCAUGAAUGGCGUAUUAAAUUUAAAAAUAUUGUUUCAUAUUUAUUUCGUUCAAUAUUAUUUGUUGCCGGAUUUUAUCGUGUUACAAUCAUACAAAAAGGUGAUGAUAAUAUUGAAAAUGAAAAACAAGCACCAAUUUAUAUUAUGGCACCACAUACAUCAUUAUUUGAUAUUUUAGCUGGUGUUGCAUUACAAACACCAUCAUCAGUUGCAAAAGCUGAUAUUGUUGAUAUUCCUUUAUUUGGUAAUAUAUUCAAACUAUCCGAUCCGGUUCUUGUUGAACGUGAUUCAAAAAAUUCAAGAUUUAAUGUUUUCAAAAAAGUAACCGAAGUAAUCAAAUACUCAAAAAUUGUAUUUUUUCCUGAAGGAACUUGUAGUAAUCAUCGUGGUUUAUUACAAUUUAAAAAUGGUGCCUUUAAAUUCGGUUAUCCUGUUAUACCGGUUGCAUUACGUUUCAAUCAAUAUGGUGGCCCGGAUACAUUGAGCUGGACUUGGGAUGGUCCAAAUACUAUAUGGUCUAUAUGGCUGACAUUAUGUCGAUGGCGUACUGAUCUUGAAUUGACUAAACUUCCUGUUUAUACACCAUCCGAUCUGGAACGAAAAGAUCCAGAUCUUUAUGCAAGAAAUAUUGCCAAAAUUUUGGUCAAUGAAUUAGGUCUUCCCUGUCUUUUCUAUUCAUAUGAUGAUGCACGAUAUUUUAAGUACCGAUCUUUUCGUUCAUCAACAUGUGUCAAAUUUAUGAAAUUAGCUGAUAAAAUAAGAAAAAUUCAAACAUCAUCAAAUGAUAGUAACAACAAAUCCGAAUUAGAAACGAUAUCAUAUUCUGAUUAUCUUAGCCAAUUUAUUGAUCAAAUUUUUGAUAAUAUUGUUGAUUUAAAUGCCAAAUUAGAUCGAAAUAGUUUAUUGGAAAUAUUAGAUAUUUCAUCAUUGCCCAAUAUAAAUGAAUCAUAUUCGAUUAAAGAAUUAAUGCUUUGUUUUCAACGUCAAACAUAUAUUGACAAUGAUGAUCAUAUUCCUUAUGAAUGUAAAUUAUAUCAUUUAAAAGCUAUAGCACAUUUGGUUGAUCAACGUGAAUCAAAUCUAUGGAAACGAUUACGAUAUGCAUAUGAUACAUUUGUUCAAGCUAGUUCAUUAGAAUCUGAUCAGGAUAUACAAUUAUUAUCAUUAAAACAAAUGGAAAUGUUUUUAUGGCUUUCAUUGGGUCUUAACAGAAUUGAUGAUCAUCUUUUCAACGAUAUUCUUUCAUUUGAUGAUCUUCGUCAAACAUUAAUACAUCAUUAUCAAUAUGCUUUACGUGAAAAUGCCUGUUCGAUUCAUGAAGAAUGAACCAUAGCAACAAAGA